GCGCUGCUAGAUGUUUUGCAUUUUAGCCGCACCCCGCACUGUACAGCGUCGUCUCUCGCUCGUCAAACUCUGUCUUCUUCCUCCGCCCUUUCCCCUUUUUUGAGCUUCGACCAGGUCUGGGGUGGGGCUUUAAAAAAAGAGAGUGCGCGGGGGAUGGGAAAGGACCCGGGAGAAGCUUUCCAAAGGAAACGCCACGCGACUCUUGGCUGGCGAUAGAAAAAGGAAGGAGCGGGCGUGGCGCGUGGCUGCGCUCGAGACAGGCAGGUGGCGCCGGGAGUCCUGCUGCAAAACGGGAUUGCACCAGCGCGAUCGCGAGCCUGCCCAAGCCUGGCGGCGGGAGCUGUUCUGUACACCCGCGCAAACAGACGCCCGCGGUGCCCAGCUCAUGUGCUGACACUGCAGUCCUGUGCAUGUCUACUCUCAGAAGUAAGUCUCGUUGAGUUCACUGGGACAUGCUCCAAACUGUCCUGGAAGUGCAUUCUAAAGAUAUAAACAGAAGAGGGAUUUCUAUUCCGAGGAGAAAAAAAUAAAAAAUAUGAACUUUGGAACAUUAUAUUGUCUGGGACUAUUCUCUUUUUGGUCUAUUUUAUUUUGACGAAUCUGCUUCUUCACGACGCCACUAACUGUUUUGAUGCUGGGAACUAAAUUUGUUUUGUAUUCUUGAACAUAGAGAGAUAAGGCAGGCUGCUCUGUUUAUACUGUGAUGUCAUCAAGCCUGGAAUAUUAACCCAAUUGUUGCUGAAAUAAGAAGUGGUUCUUCUUUAUUUUUGUUUUGUUUUAUUUUGUUUUCGUGGUUUUAAAAAUGGCAAUCAAGAAAGUGGCUGAGAAUCUGGAAGUAAUUAUGUUUCAGAAAAUAAUGGAUGAGAUUGAGAUAACGAAACAAACCCUGCGACAGGGCAGUAAGGAGCUGAAAAUUGAACUGAGCAAAAUGACGCAGGAGCUUAAAGAAAUAGGGGAUCCUGUGAGAGAGGAGAAUGAGAUCAGAGAUGAGAAAAGAAAAAAUAAAGGGAAGAUACAAGCCCUGGAGAUUGGAACAAAUGUGGAAUUGGAAAAAGAUCUGGAGUUUAUGGAUAUUAGAAAUAAAAUCUACUGUUUGGAAUUUAACGUUAUCUCUGAAGAAAUUAAUGAAGAUAUUAGAGAUAAAGUUAUCAAUGGCUUGGAUAAUCUUCUGGACUGGAAUGACGUGAUGGAGCUUGAUAUAGAGAAAAUCUAUGGAAUUAACUGCAGCCAUGUGACAAUGGAAAAACUCUCAAGAGAUGAGCCAGUGCAUUUUGUAAAAAAGAAGAACAGAGAUAUGACUUUACAACAAUAUUUCAGCAACUUAUUCAGAAUCGAUGGCAAGAAAAUAUUUGGGAUAGAGGAAAUUCCCAUCAGACUCUUAUUAUAUGACUAUGGCUAUGACAGCAAGACUAUUAUGGAAUACUGAUAAUGGAAGAUUGGACACUGAAAUUACUGGACUUAACAGGACUAUUGAAGAUGGAAGAUGGAAUUAAUAUGGAUAAUGGAAUAAUGGCUAUUGAAAUUAUUGGACCUAACAGAUUUUGAUGAGAUGGAUUAAUCGAUAUGUUUAUUUGGACUAUGGUUAUGACAAUAAGAUUAUUAUUAUUAACGAGAUGGAUUAAUCGACAUGUUUAUUUGGAGAAAAAUUGAUAGAUAUAUUUCUUAAAGAAUUGAAACCUCUCUUUGACUUUUUGUGGAAAGAAUAAAGUAAUGUUUAUGAGAUUUGAUGAUUAAUUAAGAUAACUACUGGAGGAAAGUGAUUUUAU